CAUAAUAUCUAUUGCACUUUUUGCUAAUAUUCUAGUAACUAAUAAAAUGCAGCCCCUACGAUACUAACGGUAACACAGUCUUUCAUAAGUGCAAAUCAAACGCGAGGACCAGCAGCCUUGGGCGUUCAGAAAGCUGUUAAGAAUCCUCGUUAUCAUAAAUGAAGCCUUACCGACGAGAUCAUUUCAUCUCUUCUUUACGACAGGUAGAGCGCAGGAUUACAUCAGAAUGCCCAUCCAAAGGAAUCCCAAACAAGGGAAAACUGAAUUUAGGAAACGCAAAUGAGGGUUUUGGAAGAAACCCCGACAAGAAUUUUUCAAGAAACUUUGAUGUUUCUCCUGCCAAAAGACAAAAAAUGAUUACAAAUUCGGAAGAAAAACCUGUACCCACUCCUCCGAAAUUUGAAAAUGACAGCAAGGAAAUUCAGUCGAGCAUGGCAUCACCAAAUACACAAUUCAGUUUCGGGUCGCCAAUUCUGGGCUAUAGGGCACAGGUCUUCAUGGACGCCUCGUCCUCUUCAGGUGAGAGUGAGGCAGCUGCAGAAUUUCUUUCUCAUCCUUCUAAUCAAAUGUGGAUGAAUUCAUCAGAAGAACCAGAGACUGAAACCUGGGACGAGUGCCUAGAUAUUGGUGAUAGCAAAUAUUAUACAGAGAGAGAAUCUGGAGGUUUUGACGACAUAGUUGACCUAUGUAAGCUUUUGAAGCUUGAUGGGGACUGUUUACAGGCACCCCAAAAAUCUCAUCAGUCCCUUGAGAUGGAUGAACCCAGCAGGGUUCAUAUGGAGUAUCAAAUCUCUACGUUCUAUUCUAAAGUUGCACAGGUGAAGGGGCCGAAAUCAGAGGAGGAAGUUAAAGCUUUGGAUGCAUGGAUCCAUCAUUUUGUAGAUCGGAAGAAGGAACCAUUCAGACUAGCUCACCUUCUCCUUACCAAGGCUGCUUCACAACAUAUAUUAGAUAAUAAAUGAUGCUGCGGUGGAUAUUCUCCUUUUGCGCUUGAAGAAGGAAGGAUCACGUAAGAAAUAACUGGAGAUCAAACUGAAGAGGAGCUGAGCAAGUGCAAGGUACGGCAUGGGCGGAGCAGCCAAGCAACACUACUGAAGUUUAACUUUAGUGGGCAUUGAAUUCGCAAAACACCGCCACGACAUGCAAAGACUGUGGUUCGGUUUAGAUCCACGUUUCCUGCAGCCAAGCUCUAGUUAUCUUCUUUAUCAGUCAAUCAUCCGCCUCUUCUUCUGGGCGUGAUUUGUGUUGUCUAUUGUAGUUGAUCUUCUCUUUAUUAAUAAGUUCUUCCUUUUUCUUAGAGGUUAGACAGAAUAGAAAGGAAUAGAGCAGAGAAUUUUGAUAAGCAUUCUUAAGUUUCUUUUCAAAAUAUGUAAUCAUUUUCAGGAAGCAAUGGAU